UGAUGCCAUCCCUGUGCGACGGGCCUCAGAGUCAGCACAGAGCAGUUCCGCUGGCUGAGGCAGGAGAUGGGUGAGUUGCUGCUUGGGACCAUGGUAUCACUGAACAAUAAUCUACGGACUUGAAUAACGCCGGUAAAGACCGUCGACUCUUUCCUCCUGCAGAGUCACGGUGUUUGCAAGAGGACGUUUUUACCGACUCGCGUUUUUAGCUUUAAAGCUAGCAGGCUAAUGUGAGCUAGCGGUACCGGGGCCCUGCGAAGAGUUCAUUGUUUUUGUCAGCCAAGCCAGAUAAACAUAACUUGGGCAGAUGUAAUAGCGGUUCGUUGUUUUAAUAUACCACACUUGCAGGAUUAUUCCAGUUGGUCGUAAUUUUAGACUGUUUUAAUAGCUCAUCAGACGUUAGCAUAGCCUGUAAACGCUAGAAAACUGCAUUAAAGCUAACUUUAAAAUCAUGACUGCCCGGAGGACAGGCUAUGCUGCUGCUGGCAUGGUCUCCACUCCCUCUAAUAGCGGAAAUGGAAAUCGUAAACAGAGCUUAAUAGACAGGACCGGGGUCGAGUCCUGUUAUGACCGGAAAGGAGCCUCGCAGGGCGGCGUGACCGUCACGUCGCUGAAGACCCGACUCGCCCCGACCAUCCAGACCGCCAUGUCCGCUGCAGUGGACACUCUACUGGGGGAAGUGGUGCUGAUGCUCAACGAGACCCAGCAAGAGCUGCUGCACAAGGAACAGGAGAAUGAGAGACUCAAGGUGCGUCUGGAGGUGUCUGAAAGGGAGCUGAAGACUUUACAGGAGUGUCUGUGCAGCGCUCAGAAGCACAUAGACCAGCUGCAGAUCUCCUACACCGGCUCUCCGUCCAUCGGGCAGUCCGUGUUCGCCCCGUCUCUCUCCUCCAUGGCUUCAAUGGCCUCAGGGUUGGACCGGGAUCACCAGGGCGGCCGGAAUGUGAACGGAGCCGGGGUGGACUUGGGUCUCGGUGGGUCAGUGGAUGACUCCCUUCACGGGUUUGAUACAAGAGAUGACUACAAAAUGUGCCAGCUCUCUAUCCAGCCCGACGGCUCUGUGACCAACCACGCGCUGGACACCUUUACCUCCAACACAUCGCAUAUGUGCUCCGAUAGACCAGAUGAGAGGCAGACUCAGGCACAAGGUGGAGCUUCCAGUUUUGAGAUUAAAGAGGAGCAGUUGCCCGGUUCAGGCUCCGGUCAGCCCGGUAGGAAGGACAACAGGGUCGGGGAGAGCGAUCUUGGCUACGUUCAAGUUGGGGAAGAGGGUUCCCAGCGUUCCUUUACUCAUCCACUGCGUCACCAAAGACCUGUGCGAGAAUGUGGCAGUGACUUGCAGCAGGGAGGACUUGAUGGACAGAAACAGUUGGCUAGGACUCCUGGAGCCGGGAGAGUAGACGGCGUCUCACCGGGCAGAGCAGACGACUCUGCUGGACCUUCAGCCUCUGACACCCCAGUGGAGCCCUCUUUAGACCGGCCUCACCACUGUCUGGAGUGUGGGAAGACUUUCCGUCUGAUCUCCAGCCUGAAGAAGCACAUCCGCAUCCACACUGGAGAGAAGCCUUACCCGUGUGCAGUGUGCGGCCGCCGCUUCCGCGAGUCAGGGGCGCUUAAAACCCACCUUCGUAUUCACACGGGUGAGAAACCAUACUCUUGCUCAGAGUGUGGGAACUGCUUCCGCCACUUGGACGGUUUGCGCAAACACAGGCGCACGCACACCGGGGAAAAACCGUACGUUUGUGCCAUCUGUGGGAAGCGCCUGAGCCGCCUGCAGCACCUGAAGCACCACCAGCUGAUCCACACCGGGGAGCGGCCCUGCUGCUGCCCCUUCUGCAACCGCAGCUUCAAGGAGCCCGCGGCGCUACGCAAACACAUCCGCACGCACCGGGAGGAGGGCGGUCACUUGGGGAUUGUUCCCGUGGACGAAGCGGAGCAAGACGUUCUGGACGACAUUAACAACCUCCACCCGGCAGCGCCGUCCCCUCAGAUGAGGUUCGAGGACUGGGGAGCUGACGAGGAAGACAGCUCGGUGGUGGAUUGUGUGUAGGAGCUUAUAAAUAUAGGAAUAACUGUCUGCUGGCAUUUUACCUAUGUAACCUUCUCCGUGGACAUGGAACAAGGUGUUUGUGUGGUUUGUAAACACGAUGGAUAAGUGUGAGGCUACGUAUAACCCAAGCCUUGGAGCCUCGUUUAUAUCUGGUGUUUCCAUACUCUUAGAUGUAAUUAUAUAACGUUUUAAAAUAUCCCACGGUACAUUCUUCAACAACAACUAUAUUUGUCGGGACAUUCAUCAAGCAGCAGCACAGGGAGAGGCAGGUUUGCUAACUUCUCCUGCAAUCAUUUAGGAAAUUGAUAGCUGAAGUGUACAAGAGCUGUUUUCUUAUUUAAAAUAAAAGGGCCUUGAACACUCAGUCAACCAUCAACUGCUGUUCAAGAUUUAAGUCAGGACAAGAGUUAAGUUACCACUCUGGGCCUGAGUUUUUUUAUAGUUUCGCAGAUUAGAGACUGGAUAGCUGUUGAAUUGUCCCUCGGCUACUGAUUAGGCACACUAGUUGAAAUGGAUCCAUGCGACUGGUUCAUGUCUCGUGUGGACAACAUGCAGGACUUCAGACCGUUUGCAUUAUGUUGCUUGUCAUCGUUGAUCAAACCAAACUUUACAGUAUUUUUGGUUACGGUUGCUUGUGCUUUUAAAUAAUGUAAGAGGUGUAUGAACAAAACAAUGUCAAUAUGUUUCACAUAAUUGCGUCUUUAAAGAGCAGGAAAACAACUUUUUAAAUGGUGGCAAUUUUAACCCUUAGAGAAUAUCUGUCUCCUAUCAGGAUAGAAAUGUUUUACUACCUCUGUUUUUAUCUUUGUUGCACUGCUUAUCCUGUUUGUAGAUAUUUCAGCACUGUCUUUUCAAAAGUGCAUAAUGGCCGUUAAAAAAUACAACAAAUAUUGAACUAUAGUUCUCUGGUAUUUUCACCAAGUUGGGAUUAAAAUAGCUAUAAUUGUUGUAAAAGAUACGUUUGCUGCUAUAUGCAGACACAAUAAUAUUGAAUGACUACAAAAAUAGCAUUAAUAAUGGAUUAAUUCAAUUCAAAAAGGUAGCGUGUCCUCUCUCGCGCUACCCAAAUGAAACCAUCCGUUAGCUUUAAAGCUAUUUAAAUAUAACUACCUUUGCUCUCUUGUGUUUGUGUCUUAAUGAAUCCUGAACCAGUCCUAAUCUUUACCUCUCACCUCUGCAGAGCUCCUAUCAGUGACACAAUCAUAAUGUGGUAAGUGAAGCUGAAGUGUGAAGAAUAUCUGAAGACAUCCGACAUUUAUUCAAUCAUUUCCAGAGCACCCAGAUCAACAGCUUAGACUUUCUCUCAUUCUCUCCAGCUUUGACUCUAAUUUCUCUCUUAUGGACCAUAUGUUAGCAUUCCCCUUUCUUUUUUUCAAGCUGCUACUGUUUUGUCCGGAGAGCCUUAACCUUUUCUGGACUUGCAUUUCUGUAACCGGCCAGUCACUAGCGAUCACUAGCGGACAGAUUGAGGUGCUUGCAUGUGCAUAUCGGUUCUUCCGCUAGCGUCUAAUGCCUUCCGGCUGUUUCUGUACAUAAGAAUGUAGUCUUAGCCAUUUUAUCUGGAUUAAUGAGGGUUAACAUUUAUUGAAAAGUGUAUGUGCGCGGGGAAAAAAACGAAAGAGUAUGUGCUUUAAAAAGAGGCUAACAUGCUGCUGUGUAAUAACUUGUAAUCUCAUUCUUCCUGAUGUUCUUCCUGUUGCGACACGACGGUUGCAUCAGGGUUUACAGCAGAGCAUUAAUCUUCUCAGCCUUUAAACGUAGGCCUCUGGUGUCUUUUACCUUGUAUACUACUAUAACAAUCUCCAUGUAACGAUUCUAUGUACAUUUACGGUAUUUUUAAAGGCACUCAAAAUGUUAAAUAUAUUACUGUAUAGCCAGAAAAAGAUUUGCCACGGUAGACUUGACCCCAGAUAAUCAUAUUUAUUGUUUUUUGUAUUACAAACAAAAGGGGGCCUUUGCAUGUAGGUUUGAACUGUAAUUACAUUCUUCCUUAAAAAGUCAGUAUUAAAUGUGAAAACAUAUUUUUUAAUGCAUCUGUGUUGAACAUAUAUCCCCCUCAUCCCAUUCAUCCCGUUUCCUGCUGUAAAUGUUAUUAUAUUAAAGGGCCUUGUUUCUA